CGGGGCUGCGUGGCGCGGCUCAGGCAGUGCUGUGGUCAGCCCCAAGUGGGUCCUUGGAGUGUAGAGCGAGGCCGGGCGGCACACGUGGGGCUCUGGGAGGCCUGGACAUGGCCACGCUGUUUGUGUCCCCCUGUGCCGAAGAUGUGGCCAGCCGGCAGGCGCUGGUGGUAUCGCGCUUUGCCCCCUGUCCACCCCGUGUGGUGCCUGUGCCCGAUCUGACACCUCCUGGUCCCUUUGCCCUGCCCCGGCUGCCAGCAUUGGAGGAUCCAGGGGGGCUGCGUGUGACCGGAGCCACCGCUGUCACCUUCCUGCUGGCCCCCCCAACCCUGCGUGGCUGUGGCCUGGCCCAGGCCACUCUAGUGCGCCAGUGGGUGGCCUAUGCCCAAGCUGAUGUGGCCCCUGCUGCCACCGCUGCCUCCCUGCCCCACCUUGGCCUGGCAGCCCUUGGCCCACAGGUGGUGGAGCGGGCUGAAGCGGAGCUGCGCCGGGUGCUGGGCAUCCUGGAUGGGCACCUGCGGCUGCGCACGUACCUAGUGGGCGAGGCUGUGACGCUGGCAGACAUCGCUGUGGCCUGCACCCUCCUGCUGCCCUACAAAUAUGUACUGGACUCCUCAAGCCGGGCCACCUACCCCAACGUCACCCGCUGGUUCCUGACCUGCAUCCACCAGCCCCAGUUCAAGGAUGUACUGGGACCAGUGGAGCUCUGCGCCCAGGGCCUGGGGGGCCCAGACCCCCCGCCGGUCACCCUGGGGCCUCCAGCCCCGGAGACCCCAGAGCCCCCUCCCAAGAGCGCAUCUCAGCUCAAGAAGGAGGCGAAGAAGAAGGAGAAGCUGGAGAAGUUCCUGCAGAAGAAGGAGAAAAGCAUCCAGCAGCAGCAGGGCGAGGCCCAGAAGAAGCCGAAAGCUGAGAAGAAGGAGAAGAAGGAUCCUGGGGUCAUGACCUAUGACCUCCCCACUCCCCCUGGAGAAAAGAAAGACAUCAGCGGCCCCAUGCCCGACUCCUACAGCCCACAGUACGUAGAGGCUGCUUGGUACGCCUGGUGGGAGCGCCAGGGCUACUUCAAGCCUGAGUUUGGGCGGACAAGGGUGUCAGAGCCAAACCCCCAGGGGAUCUUCAUGAUGUGCAUCCCUCCGCCCAACGUCACGGGGUCCCUGCACCUCGGCCAUGCCCUCACCAAUGCCAUCCAGGACACCCUGACCCGCUGGCACCGUAUGCGUGGUGAGACGACACUGUGGAACCCAGGCUGUGACCACGCAGGCAUUGCCACGCAGGUGGUGGUAGAGAAGAAGAUGUGGAAGGAGCAGGGGAAGACCCGGCACGACCUGGGCAGGGAUGAGUUUGUGCGCCAGGUCUGGAAGUGGAAGGAAGAGAAGGGCGACCGGAUUUACCAUCAGCUCAGGAAACUCGGCGCCUCCAUGGACUGGGACCGGGCCUGCUUCACCAUGGAUGUGAAGUUGUCGCGGGCGGUGCAGGAGGCCUUCGUGAGGCUCCAUGAUGAGGGCGUCAUUUACCGCAGCACUCGCCUGGUCAACUGGUCCUGCACAUUGCGUUCAGCCAUCUCCGACAUUGAGGUGGACAGUAAGGAGUUGGGGGGCCGCACGCUGCUGCCUGUGCCUGGCUACGCCCACAAGGUCGAGUUCGGCGUCCUCGUCUCCUUUGUGUACAGGCUCCAGGGCUCAGAUGAGGACGUGGUAGUGGCCACCACGCGGCUGGAGACCAUGUUGGGGGACACAGCAGUGGCCGUGCACCCCAAGGAUCCCCGCUACCAGCACCUGCAUGGGCGCCAGGUCCUGCACCCCUUCACCCAGCGCCUCCUGCCUAUCAUCUGCGAUGACUUUGUGGACAUGGCCUUCGGCACAGGGGCAGUGAAGAUCACACCAGCCCAUGACCACAAUGACUUUGAGGUGGGGCAGCGCCAUGGCCUGGCCUGCAUCACCAUCAUUGACGACAGCGGGUGCCUCAUCAACGUGCCCCCUCCCUUCCUGGGCAUGCGGCGGUUCGAGGCCCGCGGGGCCGUGCUGGCUGCCCUCCAGGAGCAGGGGCUGUUCCGGGGGGUCCAGGACAACCCCAUGGUGGUGCCCAUCUGCAGCCGUUCAAAGGAUGUGGUGGAGCCACUGCUGAAGCCACAGUGGUACGUGCGCUGCGACGGCAUGGCGCGGGGGGCAGCUGAGGCCGUGCGCCGCGGCGACCUCCGCAUCCGCCCUGACUUCCAUCUCAAGACCUGGUUCCAGUGGAUGGACAACAUCCGGGACUGGUGCAUCUCACGGCAGCUGUGGUGGGGCCACCGCAUCCCUGCCUACUUCAUCACUGUUGAUGACCCUGCUGUGCCCCCGGGGGAGGACGCAGACGGCAGGUACUGGGUGAGUGGGCGCAGUGAAGAGGAGGCGCGUGGCAAGGCUGCCAGGGCUUUUGGGGUGACCCCCGACAAAAUCUCCCUACGGCAAGACGAAGACGUACUGGACACGUGGUUCUCUUCUGGCCUCUUCCCCUUCUCCAUCUUCGGCUGGCCUGAGCUCAAUGAGGACCUGGAGGUCUUCUACCCGGGGACCCUGCUGGAGACGGGCCAUGACAUCCUGUUCUUCUGGGUUGCACGGAUGGUCAUGCUGGGCCUCAAGCUGACUGGAAAACUGCCCUUCCGUGAGGUCUACCUCCACGCUGUGGUACGGGACGCCCACGGGCGCAAGAUGAGCAAGUCCCUGGGCAACGUCAUUGACCCCCUGGAUGUUAUCAGCGGCAUUUCGCUGGAGGGCCUGCAUGCCCAGCUCCUGGACAGCAACCUGGACCCCGCGGAGGUGGAGCGUGCCAAGGAGGGCCAGAAAAGCGACUUCCCAGCUGGGAUCCCUGAGUGCGGGACUGAUGCCCUGCGCUUUGCCCUCUGCGCCUACACGGCACAAGGCCGUGACAUCAACCUGGAUGUGAAGCGCGUCCUGGGCUACCGACACUUCUGCAACAAGCUGUGGAAUGCCACGCGCUUCGGCCUGCGUGCUCUGGGACCCGGCUACCACCCCCCACUGCAGCCCCAGGCAGGGCUGGACCUGGCAGGGGCAGGGCUGGCAGAGCGCUGGAUGCUGAGCCGGCUGAGCCAGGCCGUGGCGCUGUGCGAUACCGCCUUCCAUGCCUACGACUUCCCGGGCCUCACCACGGCUGUCUACAGCUUCUGGCUAUAUGAGCUCUGCGAUGUCUACCUGGAGCUGGUGAAGCCAGUGCUGGCAGAGGGGCCAGAGGCAGGGGCAGGGGCAGUUCGGGCCACGCUACACACGUGCCUGGAUGCUGGCCUGCGCCUGCUGGCCCCACUCAUGCCCUUCGUCACUGAGGAGCUGUUCCAGCGCCUGCCACCUCGGCCCCCUGCCGCCCCCAGCCUCUGUGUGGCCCCCUACCCCAGCCCCCAGCAGUACUGCUGGCAGGACGCUGAGGCUGAGGCGGCCAUGGAGUUUGCGCUGGGCAUCGUCCGGGCUGUGCGCUCCCUGCGGGCUGACUACAACCUCACCAAGACCAAAGCCGACUGCUUCCUGCAGUGCCGUGACCGGGGCACGGCCCAGCUGGCAGCCCAGGUCUCCGGCUACAUCCGGACACUAGCCUCAUGCCAGGCCGUGCAGACACUGGGGCCUGGCGAGGCCGCCCCUGGCGGCUGUGCUGUAGCCAUCGCCUCAGACCGCUGCACUGUCCACCUGUUACUCAAGGGUCUGAUCGAUGUAGAGAAGGAGGUGGGCAAGCUGGAGGGGCGCCGGGCAGAGCUGUUACGGCAGGUGGAGCGGCUGCAUGAGCGCCUGGCAGCACCCGGCUACAGUGCCAAGGUGCCCCCCCAGGUGAAGGAGGCCGACGCUGCCAAGCUGGCCCAGAUGGAGGCAGAGCUGCACAAGACGGACGAGGCACUGGCCACCUUCCAGACGCUGCUGUGAGCCCCCCACAGACAGGAAUAGGGGGGUGGAUAGACAGGCGGACCCCCCUGCCCUCUGCUUUCUCCCGGCUGAUCGGGUAUCAGAGACAUUAAACUAUUUUGUUCCAUUUGA